GAAUGUUUGUUAGUAAAAGGGUGUAAUUUGCAAAAUUGAAAGGAUCCGAUGGUGAAUGCUACAAUAUAGUCUUGCCUUGAAUCUAACUUGUUGAAUCUAGACUGUGUGGUUGCAGAGAGCUGUGGAUAGAGAGCUAGAAAUGACAGGGAUAUUCUCACCCCUUCGAACACUUGCUAGUAAAUACUUUCCUGACAUGGAAUAUCUGCGAAGAGACUUUGGCGUUUGACGCUACACAUACGUUGUGAUUGGUUGUGAAAGAACAUGACGUCCCCCGUGCGGCUAUAAGUGCAGAAAGCAGAGCUUUCAAUCCGUUUCCCUGACCACGUCUCAAGAUAUGUGCAAGAGAGACAGAUGACGGUGUGCAGGCGGCAACAGACGUGAAUAAGUGUAUACGGGACAUUGAGUAGCUUCUGCCCGUUUGUGUCUAGUUUCGCUCACCAUUAAGAUGGGAUCACAGGUCACUGGAUUGGAGGAAAGUACAUAUUACCCACUGACAGCAGAAGUGCUCAACGCUAGCGCAGCGCCGGGGACCGAGAGCGCUCCGUCGAGGAAAGAACUGAGUCCAAGCUUGAAGAUUAUAGUAAGCAUCGUUAUGUCAGUGAUUGUGGUGGUGAUAGUCUUUGGAAAUAUCCUGGUGAUCACGGCGAUCGCCAGGUUUCAGCGACUGCAGACCGUCACCAAUUAUUUUAUCACGUCCCUGGCUUGCGCGGACCUGGUGAUGGGACUGGUGGUCGUUCCCUUCGGGGGCGUUCGCAACAUCACAGGAGUGUGGUACUUUGCAAACUUCUGGUGCGACUUUUGGACUUCUCUGGAUGUGCUCUGCGUGACGGCGAGCAUCGGCACUCUGUGCGUGAUCGCCUUGGAUCGCUACCUGGCCAUAACGUCGCCUUUCCGCUACCAAGUGCUGCUGACCAAGUGCAAGGCGCGGCUGGCGGUGCUGGUGGUCUGGGUCGUGGCCGCCCUCACCUCCUUCCUGCCCAUCUACAUGGGCUGGUGGCGGCUGGACGACGCACAGUCCCUCAAGUGCUACGAGGACCCCAAGUGCUGCGAGUUCCUCAUCAACAAAGAAUUCGCCAUCACCUCCUCCAUCGUCUCAUUUUACUUCCCUUUGCUUGUCAUGGUCUUCCUCUACGCCAGGGUAUUUCAGGAGGCCAGGCAGCAACUGAAGAAGAUCAACAAAUGCCAGGGCCGCUUUCACUAUCACAACAACAACUUGAACCUUGCCCCGGCUCCCAACGGGAAGGUGGCCAAAUCGGGGCAGAAAAGGACUUCUCGAUUCCUCAACCUGAAAGAGCACAAAGCGCUGAAAACACUGGGGAUUAUAAUGGGCAUUUUCACCCUUUGCUGGCUGCCAUUCUUCGUCGUAAACAUCGUCAACGUUAUCUUCAAGGACAGCAUUUCCAGCCCGGUCUUCACUUUCCUGAACUGGGUUGGCUACUCCAACUCUGCCUUCAACCCGAUGAUUUACUGCCGCAGCUCGGACUUCAGGCACGCCUUCAGGACGGUGCUGUGGGGCUGCCGGAGCAGCCUGCCCCCCACACAGCACGGCUGUGCCAUCGCGCUGCAAAGCGAAGAGCGAGCCGAGAACGGGUGUCCUGUGCACUGCAGCUUCGAAGGCACCGCGUCGGUCACUGGCACGCCACCGAAUGGCAGCCCCAACGCUAACGGGAAUGACCGAAAACUGUUGGAUUCGGUCAUAUAAAGCGCAAUGCUUCAUGAAAAAAAGUCAACCGGGCAGACAGUGGGACAUGGUAACUUUGGAAGCAACACGUGUGUCCUGACCAUAUUCCGCUGUACUUUUUUCAUGCAUUCACCUACCUCAUUAUUGUGCUGGGGGAAAAAAACCAAUACCAUGCACUGUGGCAAUACCUACAGGAGAUAUAACCGGUUCAUGAAAGAAGAUGAGAGAUGGAUGUGUAUGAGCAUUAACAGUGAAUAUCUAAACGUUUACAACCAGCAUCGCACCUAUCAAUCACUUGAGCGUUAUUAUUCGCAGUGCUCACUUUUGUGAACGGUAAUCGGGUACACUGUUUGUGAGCUGCGAGCAAUAUGACAGAACUUACAAUGGUUAAAUUAAGGAGAAGGAAAAGAGUGCAAUACUUGUAUCGCGCGCGUUGAGCAAGGUUCCGGGGAAUCGCGGAGGUAAACGUGUUAACUGUGAUGGAGCAUCGCCCGGGUCUGUGAUGUUCACCGACCAGUUCUAUGUAUCUGUGGGAAAGGAGGCGGGAGUGAUUUACGUGCGAAUCGUGUUCGCGGGAUGAACCUGCCCCAGUGUGAAAUCCAGUGUCUAGAUGUAUCGUCGUUUGAUGGACCUCCUGUGUACAAUUAAGGAUAAAAAUAGGGAACCCCAUUUAUUUAUCCAUGAAUUUUCACACAAAACGCGAAGCAAACGCGCGCGUUCAUGUGUCGGCGUGUCCAUUUGUUUGUGCAUCUGUGCGUCAGUGUUGGUUGCCAGUGUGUGGACUGUGGUGAUCUUUCGUUCUGUGUUGUAACGUCGCACAUUCAACUUCAAACUCCUUUCGUUUUGCGUUCAAUGAAGAUAGGUCUGCAUUGCUAGGCAAUGCGUAGCUUCAUUUCUUAAUUGUUUCGCGUGUCACUGAAUUCCAGCCUGUGGUCUCCCCCGACCCAAGCAUCGACAGCUUGCUGUCACCAGAACUCACCUGAAAUCUCUGGAACUUCUCAUGGCCAAAUGGUUAACUUUCCGCUGUUGUUAGUCACAACAUUAUUCAACCCGGUCUUGGUUUCUUGUGGCUUUGUUUCGUUCCUGCGUUAAGGUAUUGGGAUUUACUUGUACAUCACCGCUUGGAGCGGAUAUUCGUGGGUAUAUGUGCAAUACAGCUCGUUAUUUCAGCUCUGAAUAGGCAUGGGGCCGUUCAAUGUUUACUUGAUGUCGUGGUCGAUAUAUUUUCGCACAAGGUGAAGGCAAAACAUAAAGCUAUUUUGUUUUCUUCAUAUGAAUCCUAAUUAGUGAGAAAUUAGACAUUUUGGAUAUUUAUUAUUUGGAAUCAAUGUUGGCUGUUAUUCGUGUAUAAAUAAAAUAUAUAAAUCAUUUAAAUUUUAGCAGUUUGUUUCCUGUAGAGCACAUCCCCAUUGCGCCGUGUUCACUUAUUUCUCAUCCAAUCACUCAGACUAUAUUGAAAAACUUCAACUUUAAAAUAUUCAGCAGGAAAUAAUAAUUGCUUAUUGAAUAGUUUCUAUUUUGACUGCAUCUGAAUAUAACGAGAAGACAGUCGUCGUGGAAAAGAUAAGAAAAAAAUGAAGAAAAAAGCUCAAGGCUCUCCAGGACUGACCACUCACUAACUAAAAGGCUUGAACAUAUGCAUCCAUGUCUUUAUUGACCAGACUGGCCGGGAAGCUAAUGGAAUUGGGGCUCAACACCUCCCUGUGUGCCUGGGCUUUCUCACCGCCAAGCCCCAGGUAGUCAAGAUGGGAGGGAAUACAUCAAAGUCCCUCACCCUGAGCACAGGAUCGCCCCAGGGUUGCGUCCUCAGCCCCCUAUUGUACUCCCUGUACACACAUGACUGUGUGGCUAGGUUCAGCUCCAACUCAAUAAUUAAGUUUGCUGAUGACACUGUGGUGGUGGGCCUGAUCUCAGACAACGACGAGAAGGCCUACCGGGAGGAGGUGGCUGAUCUAGCACUCUGGUGCCAGGAGAACAGCCUCCUCUUGAACAUCAAAUAAAUGAAGGAGCUGAUCAUGGACUUUAGGAGGGCACAUCAUCCGAGGACGUACACUCCAUUGAGGAUAAAUGGGGAUCCUGUGGAUAGGGUGAACUGUUUUAAAUAUCUGGGAGUCCACAUCUCCGAGGAUAUGACAUGGGCAUCACACGCCUCAGCACUUGUGAGUAAGGCAAUGCAGCGCCUUUACCACCUCAGGCAAUUGAGGAAAUUCAGAGUGUCUCCGAGGAUCCCCCAGUGCUUCUACGCAGCGACGGUGGAAAGCAUCUUGUCCGGGAACAUUACCAUCUGGUUUGGGAAUUGCUCCGCCAAGGACAAGAAGGCUCUGCAGAGAGCACUAUGGGAACUUCACUUGCCCCCCUGCAGGAACUAUACAUCAGGAGGUGCAACUCCAGAGCCAACAAUAUCAUGAGAGACCCCUUCCACCCCUGCAAUGGACUGUUCCAGCUGCUACGGUCAGGCAAACGCCUCCGUUGCCAUGCGGUGAGAACAGAGAGGUUGAGAAGGAGUUUCUUCCCAGAGGCCAUUUGGACUGUAAACGCCUAUCUCACCAGGGACUAACUCUACUGAACGUUUUUCCUUCCAUUAUUUAUUAUGUAAAAGAAUAUGUGUGUUAUGAUUGUGUUUAUAGUUUGUUUGGUUGUUUGGUUGUUUGUCUUUUGCACAAAAGUCCGCGAGCAUUGCCACUUUCAUUUCACUGCACAUCUCGUAUGUGUAUGUGACAAAUAAACUUGACUUGACUUGACUUAUUCAUAAAUAAGUUUGUCAUCUACACCACAUCAUCCUUAUUCAUACAAAAAAUAAAAUUACCCCUCUAAAGAGCUGUUUGAAUAACUUUGUUUUCUUUUAGCCCAACAGAAAACCAAGUAGCCUUAUUUUUACAGUGAACCCUCCUACAUAGGAUUACUAAACUCAGCUCUACCUAUGGUAAAAUGUCUUGCUAUGGUGUAGAAGCAAGGAACUGCAGAUACUGGUCUACACAAAAGGGCACAAAGUGUCAGAGUAACUCAGCGGGUUAGGCAGCAUCUCUGGAGAUAUGGAUUAGCGAUGUUUUUGGUCAGUAUCCUUUUUCAGGCCCCUUGUUUAGAAAGCAGGAAGAGAGGAGAGGUGGAUCAAGAUGCAGCAGGUCACAGGCGAGGGGCGGUUUGAUAAGCAGAUGGUUGGAGCAAAGGUCAGCGACAAAACCAGAAAGUGUGAGGCAGGAUUGAAGAGCUGCGA